UUUUGCGGUAAAAUGAACGGUACGAGAACCAGUUCUCUACGAGAUGUAUUGGCGAAAUAUCCAAACCAGAAAAAAAAGAGACGGGAUAAGAAAAAAAAAGUGUCAAAAAAACUUCAAGGAAGGUAUCGUUUCCGCGCGGCGACAUGGCUGGUCUUGGAGUACAUGGAAUGGUUAAGGGAAGUUCCUGUAGUCGACGAGAUACUGGGGGACGAUGUUGCGAACAACGUAAAAUUAGUUCAAGGGAAAAGGAUGCCGGAGAGAAAAAAGCUCACGCUCAAAGAUCGCUCGAUACUCCUGACCGAAGUAACCGGAAGAUCUAAGGAACACCGAGCUUAUCUAGCGGCGUUAAUGAGAAAUCUACAACCUUACAAAAAAUAUCCUGAGUCGAUGUGGGAUCAAAUAGCCGCUGUAACUGGCUACCAAUAUUUUGGUCCGGAGAGAAUCAUCGUUCGACAAGGACACACACCGCAUAUGCUUUACUACAUCGUUAGAGGCGAAGUAAUCCUGUCAAAAAUUAUGGAUGACAGCGUUACGGGAGACAGAGUCGAAACCGACGUGGGAACUUUAGGGCCUGGUGAUAUGUUUGGCGAAGUCGCGUUACUCCACUCUAUACCUCGAUCUGCAACUGCGAUUACUAAGACUUCCGUCGACUUGCUCACGAUAACACGUCAAGAUUUUAACGUAGUAUUGAGACCGUGGUUGACGGAGCAAUGGGAAAUUUUUAAAGAUGCUAUUGUCAAUUUUAACUACUUCAAAGGAUGGGACGAAGAAACCAUGAGGGAGUGCUGUAUUUUGAGUAAAGUGAAGGACUACCAACCCGAAGAGGUUUUACUUGGAGACGGGACAGGCAUGAUUAAUUACGUGCAUUUCAUACUUCACGGCACUUGUCGCCUGAUCGAACACAUGCUGAUCCAUAAAGAGAUCGUCGAGGGUACAUCUAACAAUAAGUACAAAUUAUACAACGCAGACAAUUCGAAAAAGACUGCAGUGUCGUCGCUCAGCACCGGAAUUGAAGCAAAAUAUCAAAGUAAAAUUGCAGAGGCUGGAGGUGUUCAGGAAGUCGUUGAAUCUGAUUCACAUAUCAUGUCGCAGGAAGCCAAGCUGUCGAGGGGCAAGGAAUUGCAACCGGCAGCAUCGGAGAUCGACUAUACGCAGUUGAUGUCAAAGCGGCCGAUGAAUGUCGAUAGGGAAAGGACGAGUAUUUGUACAUUGACUCUUCAAGACGUGGUGAAUGAAUGGCACGAAAUAACAGAUGUUGCUGCGAUGCUGAUGAAAGAGCCGUCCACGAUAUCGCAACAAACUUAUCCUAAGAAAGUUAAUACGAUAUUUAUGCAGGUCUGUGUAUUCUAUCGGGGUGCUUGCUUCGGCUUAGGAGAGAAAAUGCACAAUCGUCGGAUAGUUUCCAUCUCACCCACCCGGUGCUUACUCGUACCUCGAUAUUGGCUACUCGAGCAUAAUCGUGCUAAUAUAUGGGAACGAGUAAGGCUGUUUAUGGAUUCCAAGUAUCCAACGAAGGAACAGCUCUUCGAAAAAUUUGCACAAAAUAGAAGGUGGUUGAAGCACAAGACCGAAUUGGUACACCAUGUCAUCGAAAAUGGACGUAAAAUACCAAACUCUACGACCAUCCAUGAUGUACCGUACUCGAUUAGAAUUACUGACCAAAUUGAUUCAGAAUUUUGAAUGUGCAAAAAAUCACUGAGGACAUUCGAAGGGAGAGUUUGUGUUAAAAUGGAAAUGGAUUAGAUCAACAUUUGUCUUUUAACUUUUCAAUACCGGAUGUAAUAGUCUUUGUACGAUGCAAAUUGGGAGUCAAAAAUUAACUCCGAAAAUGGAAAUCUAUUUUGAAUUCAUGGGGUUGCAAAUGCUGGCGCCACCCCUUGGAUAUAGAUGAACUACUACAUCAUCAUCCCUUAGGAGCAACUGAUGGUAAGAACGGCAAACUACCCCUCCGAUUUACCUGAAAUCAGGGGCGCAUUUGCCACCCCGUAAAUUAGAGAAGAAAAAAUAAUUUUUUAGUAUGAAAUACGUUAGAAUUGUGUGAACUGUGGAAAAAAUUUGAUUUUUGGGCCGAAUAUCGAGAAAAUCCAGGUCGGUAAAAAAUCGACAAGUUCUUAUGAUGGGUUUUAAAUACUAUUCUGAUGUAUUUUGAUCUCAGGAAUCCCUAUCCGAAAACCGUGGUGAUCUAGUAAUCCAAAAAUCCCUUGGAUUUUCUUCAAUUUUGAGGACAAGAAUAGAUAUUUUUUUUCACCGGGGUUUCUAUGAUAUUCUAAUGCAUUUUGAUCUCAGAAAGCCGAAUCCAGAAG